AUGGAAUAGCAAGAUAUGAAUAUGUGUUAAAAACAUAAAUUAGAAAUAAUUUUAGUGGGCCUUGAUUCAAAGAUUUCUUAAGAAGAUAGAUGUUUAUGUAUAAGGUGUAUUAUUGAAAGAGUAAAUAAGAAGAAAAUGAAUUUAAUUAAUGAAAAAAAUUUUAUGAUUAAAGAAAUGAAAAUGAAUUAAGAAAAUUAGAGAAUUAUAGAUAAUAAAAAGAGACUAGACAAUUUCAAUGGAAUUGAAUAAUUAUUAAAAGAACUGAAAUAAAACAUAGAUUCUAUAUUUGAUAAAAUAUUUAAUAAUAUUUUAUCUAAAUUUAAUUAGAUAUAAAGCGAUGUAGCAAAUAUUGAAUUAUAAUCAAUUAUAUUCAAUUUUGAAGAAGACAUUGAAAGUUUGUCCUAAUAUAAAGAAUAUUAAAAUAAUGAAUAAUAAAUUAAAAUUAUUGAAGAUCAUCAUAAGCUUGUUGAAUAAAUUUAGAAGUAAUUGGAAUCUUCCAUAAAUUCUGAAUAGUAUUAUAAAUUAAUGAGUCAUUCAAUUAAUAAUACGAAUCAAAAAAUAGAAUAGGAUUAAGAAAAUAAUGAAUAAAAUUAUGAUAAAAGCAAAAGAUAAUGUAUACUAUUAUAAAUUAUAAUAAAUUAGAAAACAUCUGCAUUGGAAAUUAUCUGUCAAGAACAUACAAAAGAAAUUAUAAUGUUUAAUUUAAAUGCGAAUUCCAAUUCAUAACCUAAAAUGGCUUGUGUUAAAUGUAUUUAAUAAUAUCCUGCAUAAUACACUCCUUUAGAAGAAGUCUCUAUUUAAUGAGAUUCCUAUUAAAGAAAAUUUAAACUAGUUUAAAUAAUUUACACUAUACAAGGAAUUUUAUUAAAUUAGAAAAUACUUAAAAUGAUAGAAGAAGAGAUUAAAUUGUAAAAUGA